AUGGUGGACGGCAACGACGCGCGCGUCGUCGGCGACGCGGGACCUCGACCGGGGGCGUUCGAGGUGGUGGUGUGCGACAGCCUGGACGAUGGGUCGGGAGAGGCGGAUCUCGAGGGGGCGCGCGCGAAGGACGCCGCGUUCAGCGCGCUCUCGCGAGGCCGACCGCCGAGCGCGCUGGAGAUCAUCGAGGCCCUCGAGCGCGAGCUGAGCGCGGAUGAUUUAGGGUUGACGGGCGACGCGUCCUCGGGCGCCGGAUGCGGGUGA